UCCCGGAUUUGAGUGAGAGAGAAUCAUUGAACAUUGUGAAGGUGCUAAGCUUUCCCAUUUUGUUUAUUAAAGAUUUUUAUAUGAAGCCUAGUAUGACAUAUGGUGCUGCAAGUGAAUCCUGAUGCCGAUCCUGGUUCAGAUCACGACAAUUCCGCAUAAAUCAGUCUCACCUUGACCUCGGGGGGCAAUAAAACUUCUAACAUUAAAAUAAGGUGUUAGAAUUAAUAGGUCAAAAAAUCUACUAAAAUACAUCAAACUUACCUAAGUCUUUUUAUCACUUAGGAUAAAGCCCACUCAUAAAAAAGACUCCCCCGAAAACACGGCCGAGAAUAUCACCGUUGAACCGCGCCAUUCAGAAUCCCCGGGGAGUCUGUGUCAGUUAGCUAUUUAUCUUCUAUCUUCUAUCACUAGCCUCGGCUUUAAGCAGUAAUAAAUUGAAGCUGAACCCGUCUCAAAAAUAUUCAUUGACUCUCAUCAACCCCUCAUUCACUUUAAACUGUCACCCCACUAUCAUCAUGCCUGAUCAAAUUCUUGACGACAUCUCUCACCGUCGAUACAAUCCCCUCACGGAUUCAUGGCUGCUUGUAUCGCCUCACCGCACGAAGCGACCUUGGCAAGGACAGCAAGAAGCUGCUGUCGCAUCAAAACUUCCAGAAUAUGACCCCAAAUGCUAUCUCUGUCCCGGAAACCCGCGAGCCGCUGGCGACCAAAAUCCGAAUUACGAAAAGACCUUUGCCUUUGUGAACGACUACAGCGCCGUUAAGCAAGAGCAGCCAGAUUAUGAUGCGAAAGCCUCAUCCAAUGAUCUGGAAUCUCUUCUCCUUCAAGCUCAGGGCGUCAAGGGCGUGUGUUACGUGCUCACUUUCUCACCCAAGCACCAUGUAACACUUGCAGACAUGACAGCUGAGGAGAUUGUUCCCGUCAUUGAGCAUUGGACUCGAAUCUACGCCAACCAUCUGACACCGUCAAACCCCCGGGCCGCGGAAGCUGACAAGCUCGCUAUUUCUAUGCCAAAGGACGCUGCACCUUCUCCUGAGGAGCAGUACCGAUAUAUGCAGAUCUUUGAGAACAAGGGUGCGGCCAUGGGAUGCUCUAACCCUCAUCCUCAUUGCCAGGUCUGGACCACCUCGACCAUGCCUGAAGAGCCAGGCAAGGAGCUUGUGCAAAUGACCAAGUACCGAAACCAACACGGUGGUCGAAACCUUCUGGGCGACUACGUGAAGCUUGAGCUUGAAAAGCAAGAACGAGUUGUCUGGGAGAACGACGCUUUUGUGAUUGUAUGCCCGUGGUGGGCUGUGUGGCCUUUCGAGGUUCUUGUUCUUCCCAAGCGACAUAUUCGAUCUCUUCUCGAUUUCAAGCCCGAGGAGCGACUCCAAUUCGCCGAAGCCAUUCAAGAAGUCACCCGGCGAUACGAUAACUUGUUCGAAUGCAACUUUCCCUACAGUUCUGGUCUUCACCAGGCGCCUCUUGACGGAACACCUGAGGAGUUGGAGAGCGCAUAUUUCCACAUGCACUUCUACCCACCUCUGUUACGUUCAGCCACUGUCAAGAAGUUCCUCGUUGGCUACGAGCUUCUGGCCGAGCCUCAGCGUGAUAUCACUCCUGAGCAGGCCACAGUCCGUUUGAGAAAUUGCGGAGGAGAGCUAUAUCGCAAAAGUCUAUAGGCAUAGAGCCCGAGCAUUAAAACAUUAAAAUCUAAAACUUUUUAUCUAAUAACAAGUUGCCGUUAUGCCGAUUCCAGGCAUCUAGUAUUUGCCUGCCAUGUGUAUACUACAUUCACCGCCACUCACCAGUCUCACCAUUUGUCGCCUGAUUUAGU